AUGUUAAACUAUUGUGAGGAUCUUACCAAGGGUAAUAGGAAUGGAGGAGAAUCUAUCUAUGGCACGAAGUUUGUUGAUCGAGCUUCAAGUCGAAGCAUAAAAGGGCACUGGAGUUUUACAAAUGUUGUAGGUGGCUAUCGCAUUGGUUUAGCAAGGAAGAAGGUGAAGACCAAAAAAUUCAACGAGUCCCAAAACCAUUCACCUCUUCACCCUCAUCUCCCCAAAUCGGUUAAACCAUACAUAAAUCCACAAACCACCGACCGAUCCUCUUCAUCUUCAAUCUCUUCACUAAGCAUCCGGAUGUUAAAAUGUGGUGGGGAUCUUACCAAGGGUAAUAGGAUCGGAGGAGAAUCUAUCUAUGGUACGAAGUAUGCCGAUCGAGCUUCAAGUUAA